UGUGCUGACCCUUCAUAUCCGGGGUUCAGUAUGAUAAAAGUAACACAAAAGCAGUUCUGUUGUACUUUCUGAUAUUUAUGCUCCUUUCACCCCAAACAGCUUCUUCAGAAACAGGCUAGUAUGAACUUAAGAUGUCAUAUUCCAUCUUUCUUUCAACACUGUAUUCAACUAGAUUUGGUGGUAUAGGCCCGCCAAAAUGAUGGCACCAUUACGUGGCACCUGUGAAAUCGUUGAGGAUUCAGUUCAAUGCUCUAAAGGAACUAACACACAGACUGCCGAGUCAAGAAUGGAUGACAAAGCAGGAAAACACCCUAUACUGAAAUAUGGGAGCAAUUAUUCUAUAGAGAAUGAUCUUAAUGAGAUUUUCCAGGCAAUUGAUCUCAGAACAUCAACCAGGGCUUUGGGUCAAUUACACCAAAGAGAUACAGGACGAUUUCAGAAGAAUGCUUUGAAAAAGCAGGUUAGAGAUGGGCCGUCUCAAGGGUCAGGAAUUGGAAUUUCUGAGUCCGUGACCUUGAAGCAGGCGCUAAGAGGGCUGUGCAUAUCUCAGAAACUAGAGAUGGCUGCAAUGAAGCGGUUAUCAAAACCUGCAUAUGGAGUUUCAGAAGCUGGAACCAUAAAGAGGUUGUACAGAACAGUGGUAGUUGAGGCCAGUGAAUCUGGUCUUCCAUUAGAUGAAGGUAAAGGGAGAGUGGUAGAAAUCUCUCUUGUGCCAGAAGAUAACUCAUCAAAUUCCUCCGAGAAGAUGCCAGAAUUCCUGCAAGUUCGCAAGGCAAAAGUAUUGAACCAUAGUGCUCAGUCUUCUCCUCGAUUUGCAAUUGCAACCAAAAACAAGGUUCAAGCACUGCCACAAGAUGAGAUUGUUCCUGCAUCAACAGACGUUGGGUCUGAAACAUCUAAUAUAGAACCAGCUUCAAAAUGGAAGCCUAAGUGUGCUCAUUCAUCAUCUGGCUCUGCUGCUGGUGGAAAAGUAUUAGAAGUAGAUAAGAUAGUUCCUGUCUUGACAGAAGUUGGGAGAAAAAAUUCAACUCUAGAUCUGUGGCAGCGAGGCAAGCUACAUCCUAUACCUUCUUUGGCUAGCUCUAGCAAUGGCAGUAAAGUAAGCAAGUCUGCUGGCUCUAAUAUGCGUCUAACCAAGCCUGUCUUCAGGAACAAAAACUUUAUUAAGAAGAAAGGGAAGCAGGAUUUGACUUCUGCUACCAGCAGGUCUAAUAUGUGCUAUAAAAUCGACAGUGACUUGAGUCCAAGUACAAGUAAAUCAGUGAGCCAAACUGACAACUGCACUGAAAAUAAUUCGAGGAAAGAACCUGUUUCUCCAGCAUCAACCAGUACAAAUCUAAGUGUUGAAGUCAGUUCGAAUAAUGUGGACUCUGGUCUGAGUAAGCCAGGUUGCACUUUGAGUAAGUGCGACGGUGAUGGAGCUGUUGGUGCAAAAGCUACUGCGGCCUCAAGAUCAAAAGAGAAGGGGGAGGUCUCACAGAGCUCUAAAAGUAGCAUUGGUGAGUACAGUAGUAGCACAAGUGUUAGUGAGGAGAGCAAUUUAAGUGGGUCUAGUUGUGGCAAUAGACCCCACAUGUCAAAAGACUUGAGGUGGGAAGCCAUCCACCAUGUCCAGAUGCAGCAUGGAAGCUUAGGGAUGAGGCACUUCAAGCUGCAUAAGCGUCUUGGUUGUGGAGACAUCGGAGCCGUUUAUCUUGCUGAGCUAACCGGUACAAACUGUCUAUUUGCUUUGAAAGUUAUGGAUAAUAAGUUUUUGGCAAGCAGAAAGAAGAUGCCAAGGGCCCAAACUGAAAGAGAAAUAUUGCAAAUGCUGGAUCAUCCUUUUCUCCCUACACUAUAUGCUCAUUUUACAACAGAGAAGUUGUCCUGUUUGGUUAUGGAUUAUUGUCCGGGUGGAGAUUUGCACGUCCUUCGGCAGAAGCAACUGGGCAGGAGUUUCCUUGAACAAGCAGCAAGGAAGCAGAAAGCUAAAAGGGAAAUCCCUGGAGCAGAUAAUGAAGAUGAAUUUGUAUUGCCGUUAUCCACUGAAGGCAAACAAUUGUUUUAUGUUGCAGAGGUCCUUUUAGCCUUGGAGUAUCUGCAUAUGCUUGGGGUUAUCUACCGAGACCUGAAACCAGAAAACAUUCUGGUUCGAGAGGAUGGCCACAUCAUGCUCACAGAUUUUGACUUGUCCCUCAGGUGCACUGUGAGCCCAACUAUUCUUAGAUCUUCUUCAUCAAUGAUGGAAACAGAGAAGAAGUUAUCGGGCCCAUGUUCGGAAUCUAGUUGUAUUGAUCCUUUCUGCCUGCAACCAUCUUGGGUCCAAGUAUCCUGCUUUACACCUAGGCUUAUUUCUGCCACAACCAAAAACAAGAAGCUAAAAUCGGACAUGGUUGCCCAAGUCAGUCCACUGCCACAGCUUGUGGCAGAACCAACCAGUGCACGAUCCAACUCUUUUGUUGGGACCCAUGAGUACUUGGCUCCUGAGAUCAUCAAAGGAGACGGCCAUGGGAGUGCUGUUGAUUGGUGGACAUUUGGAAUCUUUCUGUAUGAACUUCUGUUUGGCAAGACACCCUUCAAGGGGUUGGGAAACGAGGACACCUUAGCUAAUGUGGUGUCACAGAGCCUCAAGUUUCCUGAAAGCCCGAUAGUCAGUUUCCAGGCAAAAGAUCUGAUCAGAGGGUUGUUAGUAAAGGAGCCAGAGAACAGGUUGGGAUCCAUGAAGGGGGCCACUGAAAUCAAGCAGCACCCAUUCUUUGAGGGCCUGAACUGGGCACUUAUACGAUGUGAAAUUCCUCCGGAGCUGCCGAAGUUACGAGAUCUUGUGGUUCCGGCAAUGGAGUCACAGAAAAAGGAGAGCAAACUUUUAGAGUUUAGGGACAUGGAGGAGCAUCUGGAGUUUGAGUUGUUCUAGCAAAGUUUCUACAAAGAGAUGCUGUUUUCAUGGAUCUGGAAAGCAGAUUCUCGAUCAUAUGGUUCCUUGUAAACCGAUAAUGUAAGCUCAUAUUGUAAAUGUAGAUGGUAAAGUUGGCAGGAAUUUGUUUCUGUAUGAGAUAAUAUGAAGGUAAAGGAAGAGAAUGAAGGGGUCAUUUUUCUC